GUUCAAAAAGAAUUGAUUGGGAAAAAGAUUCCCCGGGCAUAACGGCGCGAAUGAUUAGGAAAGAUUACUUUAGAUGAAAUGAAUGCAAGAAGAGAAAAAAAAAGAUUAAAAUAUUAUAGGAAUAUCUAAGCUUGAAGAAUACUUUACUCAUCACCAUCAUUUUACCUUUCAUCAAAACAGAUCAACAAGGAAUUUCAAUCCUUCUGAUCAUCUGGUGAAGUUGACUGAUCCCUCUCACCUUUUGCGGUCAUUUCACAAUCGCAUAGAGUGGGCUCUGUCAUAAUGUCAUCUUCAGCUUCAAGCUCUUCCGCUUCGGCUGUUGCUCGGGUGGCCACUUUGGCUUCAUCUUCAGUCUUGCACGUCGAGAGAAAUGCAGACGUAUCACCAUUCAAGCAAGGACUCCAAUCUGCCAGCUCAUUUACAGCAGAUUCAGCUCCAGUCCUUUCCGUACAAUCUCACACCGAUCCAGCAAGUCGUUUGAGCAGCAUAAUACGUAAAAGUGAUGAUGCAUCACUCAUCUCACUUUUAGCACAAACAGAUUCACACCUUCUCACUUCAUUUGUUCCACAAUUGGCCAACAUUGUCUCAAAGCCGGUCGUCUUACAUAUUGCCACCUCUGGAGAUCAAUCCGAUGUUAUCGCUUUACGUUCUUCUGGUUUGGUCAUUCUUUACUCUUCUACACCAACACAAGCACACGAUCACGCAUUACUCGCUUCCCGAUUGGCUUACAGUCGCUCAACAGCAGUUUUGCAUUUCUUUGAGAACGUAGAAGGCAAUGUAGAUGAAGAAAUCACAACUGCUGAUAUCCGAUCUUUAUUGCAAAAGGGCUCAAGCUCACAAGCUGGUCUUACCAAUGGUGCCUCAAACGGCAAUGGUGUCAAUGGACAUGACGCUGUCAACGGGAGUGCUAACGGCGCAAAAGAAAAUGGCAGCAGUCACUCUCAGCCUCCCGCCACACCUGAAGAUCUAUCUCGAGCGAUUGACGAAUCAUUCAAGACUGUUUCAGAGGUUGUCGGACGUAAGCUUGAACCUUUCUCUUUCUUUGGCUCAGAGAAUGCAAAGGAUCUAGCUGUUGUUCUAGGACCAGGCGCAAAGUCAUUGGCAAGCGAUAAGUUGGCCGUCAUCAACGUCAAUUUGGUUCGCCCAUUGGUCGAUGAAGCAUUCCGUUCUCUACUACCCUCUUCAAUCGAGAAGGUGGCAACUCUCGAUCAAAGCACACGCCGUUCAACAAAGAUUAGUCCUCUUUUCGUUGAUGUUGCUACAUCAUUCCAAAGAGCGAAGGCAAUGGAAAGUGUGCCUUCCUCAGAACAAUCACAAUCAGUGCAACUUCCCAAAGUUCUCAUCAGCGGUACAUUGGGAUCUUUGGGCAAGAAGGCCGCUCAAAAAGCAGCAUCUGCAGUCUUGUCUGCACUCGAAGCAGGCAAGAACAACUUUGUGAUCGGUAAGGAAGUAGAGACAGAUGCUGCUAUCACUCAAAAAGCUGCCGCAUUGAACUUGGCUAAACCACCAAAGCAUGAGGAGGCAUACCAAGUGAUUCUCGAUCAAUUGUUCCAAAAGCGCCUCUCCGUCGUCAACUCGCCAUUGAAUGAGACAGAUCCUAGUCCGGCCGCUCGUACCCCAGAAUACGCAUUUGGUCAAGUCGUUGCUCAAUUGGAAGGAAGAGAUUCAUUCGAUCAGGUUGCACGGGAGGUACUACGUGGCAACACUGCAGCCCUUCCAGCAGACCUUUCGUCAGCCUUGAAGAGCUACACACAAGAAGGCAAGAGAGGUGAUGCAGAAAUUGAAAAGAUUCAAACACUUUUGUCUCAACAAAAGAACACAUCUUCUGCCGCCCUCAAAAAGCUCGUCUCAUUGGCCGGAUCGAUCGACGGAAAGAGCCGCUGGAUUAUCGGAUCAGAUGCUUGGGCAUAUGAUGUCGGUAUGGGAGGUGUGCACCACGUCAUCGCAAGUGGAAAGAAUGUCAACAUGCUCGUGUUUGACAGUCUUCCAUACACUCAAAGAGAUGCAGUCGAGGCUGAAAAACGCAAGAAAGAUAUUGGUUUGUACGCAAUGAACUAUGGUAAUGUAUACGUUGCUAGUACAGCAGUGUACUCCAACUACACUCAAGUCUUGCAAGCUUUGAUGGAGGCCGACCGAUUCGAUGGACCUUCAGUCGUGUUGGCAUAUGUUCCCUUCUUGACACAAGAUGCACCUGCACUUGACGUUUUGCGAGAGACCAAGCUAGCCGUUGACUCUGGUUAUUGGCCUUUGUACAGAUGGGACCCUAGCGCCGAAAAGAAGGGUGAAGACGUUUUCCGAUUGGAUUCUUCACGUAUUCGUGAACAAUUGAAAGACUUCCUCGACAGACAAAACCAUUUGACACUUCUUGCAAACGCCAAGCCUGAACUUGCCUAUGAUCUCGUAAGCAGCCAAGGUACCGGUCUACGUGAACGUCAACGCACAAAAGCCAAGGAAGCAUACGAUGCUCUCUUGGGAGCUAUGGAUGGACCCCCUCUUUUGAUUUUGUACGCAAGUGACGGAGGUAAUGCAGAAAAGGUGGCAAAGAAGUUGGGCACUCGUGCAAAAGCACGCGGUCUUGCUGCCCGUGUUUUGACAAUGGACGAUUUCCCAGUCACUGAUGAGCUCAAGGGCGAAAAGAAUGUCGCUUUCAUUACCAGUACUGCCGGUCAAGGUGAAGCACCUCAAAAUGGUCGCGAGACAAUGAAGACUUUGAACAAGUUCACUGAAGGAAGCUUGAAAGCUGCCAAUGAAGAUGACACAAUGCGCUUCACUGUCUUUGCAAUGGGAGACAGUCACUACUGGCCACGUCCAGAGGAUGCUCAUUACUACAACAAGCCAGGUAAGGACUUGGAUGCUAGACUUGACGUUCUAGGAGCACAAAGAUUGGCACCAAUUGGUUUGGGAGACGAUCAAGAUGCAGAUGGCUACCAGACUGGAUACAAGAUUUGGGAACCUCUAUUGUGGAAAGCAUUGGGAGUAGACUCAAUCGAAAUUACUGAAGCUGAGCCGGAACCAAUCACAAACGAGAACAUCAAGAUUGCCAGUAACUACUUGCGAGGUACAAUCGUUGAAGGUCUUGCAGAUAAGAGCACUGGUGCGCUUGCUGACAGUGAUGGUCAGUUGACUAAAUUCCAUGGAACAUACCAACAAUUUGAUCGUGAUACAGUUGAAGAGCGCAAGGCUGCUGGCCUAGAGCCCGCUUAUAGUUUCAUGAUCCGUUGUCGUAUUCCAGCAGGUGUGGUUACACCUGCUCAAUGGGUGCAAUUGGAUAAGGUUGCUGGCGAUUACGGUAACCAAACGAUGAAGAUCACUACUCGUCAAACAAUCCAAUACCAUUGCGUCGUCAAAUCAGAGCUCAAAUUAGCCAUGCAAGGAAUCAACAAAGCUAUGUUGGACACAAUCGCAGCAUGUGGUGACGUGAACAGAAACGUCAUGUGCUCGCCAAACCCUCACUUGAGCAACUUGCACGCUGAGGUGUUUGAAUUCAGCAAAGGAAUUUCCGAGUACCUGCUACCCAGAAUGGAUGCAUACCACGAAAUUUGGCUAGACAAGGAGACUGAGAGCAAGAAACAACUGUUGAUGGGAGGAGCAUUGCGGGAUUAUGAACCUCUCUAUGGACCUUACUAUUUGCCACGUAAAUUCAAGAUCGCCAUUGCUGUCCCUCCACGCAAUGACACUGACUGCUUUGCCCAUGAUAUCGGUUUGAUUGCAAUUGCCAACAACCGUGGUCAUUUGGUCGGAUUCAACGUUAGUGUUGGUGGUGGUAUGGGUGUAACUCAUGGAACAAAGAUCACUUACCCAAGAUUGGGAGACGUGAUUGGAUUUGCUACCACUGAACAAGUCAAGGACGUUUGCAAGGAAAUCAUGUUGACUCAACGUGACUUCGGUAACCGUACUAACCGUAAGCAAGCACGUCUCAAGUACACAAUCGAUAACCACUUCAAGGGUCCAGACAACUUCAGAACUGAAGUUGAACGAAGAUUGGGCUACAAGUUGGAGGCCGCACGUCCGUAUGAAUUCAAGGCAAACACUGAUGAAUACGGAUGGCGCAAACAGCAGAAUGGUAACUGGACAUGCAUGUUAUGGCUAGAGAAUGGUCGUAUUCGUGAUGCACCCGGAGAACCAUUCAGAACUGGUGUUCGUGAAUUGUGUUUGGCAGAUUGGUUCGAUGGUGAACUGCGUAUGACUCCUAAUCAACAUUUGGCCCUUUGUGAGAUCAAGCCUUCUAUCAAAGAAAAGGUUGAAGCACAUUUGGAAAUGUACAACAUGGUUCUAUGGAAGCAAAGUGCAAUUGCCACUUCUGCAUCCUCUUGUGUUGCUUUCCCAACUUGUGGUUUGGCAAUGGCAGAAAGUGAACGUGUCUUGUUCCCUGAUUUGGUUGAAAAGUUGGACGCAAUCGUUAAACGACUUGGUUUGGCAUCUGAAGAAAUCAUUACCCGUAUGACCGGAUGUCCAAACGGUUGUGCUCGUCCAUGGGUUGCUCAUAUUGCCUUUGUAGGUAAAGCACCUGAAACAUAUUUGAUGUUGCUGGGAGGAAACAAAAAAGGAACGAGAAUUAACAAAGUUUACGCUGAAAGUGUUACUUUGCCCGAAGCUAUCAAAUUAUUGGAACCAAUUUUGGAAAGAUUUGCCGCUGAACGUGGACCUGAUGAAGACUUUGGAGAUUUCAUGAUUCGUGCUGGAAUUAUUGCAGAGACAAAACAAGGAAAAGAUUUCUGGGAUAGCAUUAGACCUUUGCCACUUCCUGUUCUGGCCACUUCUGGUUAGAACGGUACUUGCAUUCUUGUUUUUGCAACUUUUUUACUUUCAAUUUAUUUCUACUAUCUUUUCAAUGUUAUUUAUAGAUGCCCAAAAUUCGGAUGAAUAUCAGAUUAAUAUUAUACAGCU